UUUAGCAAGUAAGUCGAUCAGACAAAGAAGAAGGGCUGCAGUGUGCUGCUCGGAGCUCAACUCACUAAAUCUUCAAGGAAAUAAUAAUUUAGAGUCUUUUUAACGGGCCGAAAGCUGCUGUGGCCUCCGGUUAGCUGUGAACCGCGGGGCCGAUCCACAGUUCUCCGCGCGGCCUCAGCGCGUCUCUGCGGGAGAAGAUGUACCGCGGCCGGCCUCCGUUUAGGGGCUACAUGCCUCCUCCGAGGCCUCAUCCGUCUGCAGGAUACCGGGACGAUAGGGCCAGGCCCAGACCUCCGUACCACCAGGACUACCCGGAGUACCGGGACCAUGUAGGUCCGGACUCCUACCGCCGGAGGUACCCCUCCCCGGGCUCCGGAGGUCACCGUGGCGGGGACAUGUGGGCCGCCGGUCCGCCUCCUGAGAGGUCUCCGUCUCACAGAGGACCGGCUCAUAUGGACCACAACCGGGUCAUGGGCAUGGGGAACGAGCUGCCCGGUCCACAUGGACCUGUCCCCCCGCCGCACCAUCACGACAGAGAUUACCCUCCACGACCCCAAUACGAGCAGUGCGGCAGUAGGGGCCGAAGUCCAGGCCAGAGCCAGCAACGGAGCAAGAGCCGCCACCUUGACCAAAGCCGCAGUCCUGACCGGAGCCGAGCCAAGAGCCGAGGGCGAAGCAAGAGCCGCAGUCCGGACCGGAGCCGAGCCAAGAGCCGUGGGCGGAGCAAGAGCCGCAGUCCGGACCGGAGCCGAGCCAAGAGCCGUGGGCGGAGCAAGAGCCGCAGUCCGGACCGGAGCCGAGCCAAGAGCCGUGGGCGGAGCAAGAGCCGAGGCAGAAGCAAGAGCCGCAGUCCUGACCGGAGCCGAGCCAAGAGCCGUGGGCGGAGCAAGAGCCGACACCGCAGCAAGUCUAGAUCCAGGUCUAGAUCCCGGGGUAAGGGCAGAGGAAGGAGUCAUAGUCGCCGUAGACGCAGCAGUUCCAGUUCCAGCAGUUCCAGCAGAGACAGCGACCCAAAAUUCGAUAGGGCCUUUGAAGAGCUAGAGAUGGCCCGACGCAAGAAGGAGGUUGAGGAGCUGUUGGGUCAGCCGACCAAAUCCAUCCUGAAGAAACACAACAGUUACGAAGACUCACCAUCUGUCCGGGGCUCCGACUCGCCUGGGGAUCUGGACCGCACCAUGUCCCGUGUGGCCGACCAGCUGCUGCAGGCUGUAAAAAUGAACGAUCCGCAGGCUGUGGCGGCGGUGCUCUCAGAACUGCGGUCCGACCCCCAGAUGUCUCAGCGGGCCAACCUCAACAAUGAAAUCAAAGAAAUCCUGACCCUGUUGGGCAUGGCAGAACCGGUGGGCGGAGUUGAGCAGAGACCUUUGGACGAUAUCGAUGACGAAGAAAAGUUCUUGUAUGGAGAUUUAGAGGAGCCCAAAAUCUUGGCGCCCGCAGAUCCAGUCCGACACAAUAGCCUGGAUCUGUUUGGAGAUGUGACGGAGGACUCGUUGUACUCCGAUCACUCCUCGCAGAGAGCCGGUGUUGCUCAGGUGUACAACUGCCCUCCGACCAUUUCACCUCAUCUUCAGGCCCCUCCCAGUGUGAGUGAGAGGAGCAGUUACAUGAGUCGGCCCAGUAUCAGCCCUGACCAGAAUGUCACGGUUCAGCCGUCCAAUCCGGCCUACCCACCGGGAAUGGAACCCCUGGAGGAGAGUGAACGCCUGGCUUUGGAGGAGUAUGAGAAGAUCCAGGACCUGCUGAAGACCAUCGGGCUCGACCUGGGCGUUGGCGAGAUCACCAAGAUGGCUGCCCGGACCAAGGAGCGCCUUCAUGGGAACAAGCAGCCUCCAAAGACACCCACGCGGCGGCGCCGCUACUCUUCCGGCAGCUCCAAUGGCAGCUGCCAGAGCCGCAGGAGGCGGAGCCGGAGCGGCAGUUCGAGUAGCAGCAGCAGAAGUCGCAGUCAUGGGCGGGGGACCAAACGGGGGGCCAGCUGGAGCAGUGAGGACCACGAGCCCAAGAAGAACACAGCUUCUAAAACUUCCAAAGACUGGGAGGUGAAGGAGGCAAAGAGCGAGUGGAGUACCACCAUGAAACCUCAGACCUCUGACCCGUCCCCCAUCCCAACUCUCACGGGCCUACCCAUCCCUAGCUACCCUCCUACACAGCUCCCUGGCAUGGUGCCCCCAACCUACCCCACUGCAGCGUAUGGCCAGUAUGGAAACUAUUUGCCCUACAUGCAUCAGCAGUGGCCCCCCAUGUACCCACCCCCUAGCAUGGCCCUGCCCCCUCAGACCACCACAGAUGACCUGGUGGCGGCUGGGAGCUACAAAACGCCUUACAGCACACCUACCCCUGAGGCAGGGUCUAAAGGUGCUGUGAGGAACAUUAGUCAGGAAGAACAGCGGCGCAGGAGUCAGGACCAGAACAUUUCUGACGAGCAGAACAACGAGAGCGAGAAACUAAAGGUUCUGGAGGAGCGGGAAAAGCUGAAACAAGAGCGGGAGGUCAGAAUGACAAAGAAAGAGUACCUAAUAAAGGAGCUGGAGCGACUCCGAAAGCAGCAGGGCGAGCUGCUGAGGAAGAAGCGCCGCGAGAAGGACGGCCACAAGGACCCCCUCCUGCAGGAGAUAAACCGCCUACAGGAGGAGGUUAUGGCUCAGAUCUCCAACCUGCGCAGGGAGCACGAGGCUGCCGAAAAGAAACGCAGCGAGAUUGAGAAGGUCGCGCUCAUCCUGGGCCUGAGCCCGUCAGACCGGCCCGGCAAGGCCGGCAAGCGGGUCAAAAACCAGGAGCAGAAAGGGCCGCCUCCACAGAAGGAGAAACCGGUGCCAGAGAAGAAGCCUGAGGAGCAGCCAGUGGCCGGCAGCUCUGCGGUAAAGCUCAGCCCGGCGGCUUCAUCCAAAGCCGCCUCAGAAAAGCUGGCGUCCGCCGCCGCGGCUCUGGCUCCGCCCCCGGACCCCUUUGAGUACUACGACGCUGGAAACCACUGGUGCAAAAACUGCAACGUCACCUCUGGUUCCAUGUUUGACUUUUUCACCCACUUGCACAGCAAAUUGCACCGGAAGACUCUGGACCCGUACUACCGGCCCUGGGCCUCCAGCCCCUCCAAGCUCUGCAAGGCGCCGACGGGAGAAGCCAAGCAGACCAAGCCGGCCAAAGGUUCCGAGUUCCUGGUUCCGGUCAGAGGGUUUUUCUGCCUGCUGUGUAAGGAGUUUUAUGGAGAUGGCAUCUGUGCCGAGGAACACGUCAUCACGCACUCGCAUAACGAGAAGUACAAGAAACAAACAUUGGAGAACCCGCUGUACGAGCAGAGGAGGAACCUGGACCGGCAGGCGGGCCUGUCUUUGGAGGCGAGUGGAAAGAAACGCAAACACGAGGACGAGGACGACGACAAAAGCAGCAAAGAGCGAGAGGCCAAGACCAAAAAGGAGAAAAAGAGAGAGCCUGCUGAGAGCUGUGAUGAGAAGGCCAAAGUGACAAAAGAGGAAGAGGAGCAUCAGAUGAAGGCAACCAGAAGGAGCCUGGAGGAGGACAAGUCUUUUUACGGCAAGAAGGACGGGGACGAAAAGUAUAAAUACAGCAGAAAGGGCGAGAAAUGCCGAGAGGACGAAGACAAGAGCAGCUGGUACAGGAGCAGCAGUCGAGAUGAAGAGUACCGCUACCGAUCUCGCAGAGUAGAUAACGACCAAUAUGACGAUCAUCCAAAGUACGGCACCAAGGACAAAUACAAGCAUGAGAAAUGUCCAGACGCCAGAUCUAAAUACGACAGAGAGCGGGACGCAGGACAGCCUAAAGCUGGCAAGGAGUCCGAGAGACCAGCAGAGAGACCCGACCUCAGGAAGUCUGAACCGCCACCCAAACCCUACGAGCUGCCCAAAAUAUUCUGUGGACCCAGUCCGGCCAUGAAGGCCAAGCUCCGCAAGCAGGCCCAGGAAGCCGGCAAGGCCCCGCCCCCUGCAGGCCCCGCCCCUUCCUUUGGGAGGUUCACCUGGAAGAAGAGGGAGAACCAGCUGGCCAAGGAAGCCCGGGAAGUUGCAGAAAAGUUCAUAAAGGAUGAGGAGGACUCGCUGGCAAAGUCAAUAGCUGUUGCUAAAGAGAUUGCUGAGAAGCUGGGUGCUGAGGAGCAGAAAGCUCCACCUGUGGCCCAGCCCGGCCGCGGACAGAUCCGGCCCAACCUCCGCGCACCUGUGGCACAGCUGAGGAGAGCUGCCCUGGCCGGGAAACCCGCCUCUCUCAAUACAUUCCUAAACAUGAGGGCCCCCAGCACUGAUGGGGGCCCACCAGGGCCUUUUCCCAGGGCCCCUCUGAGGCCUCCCAAUCCCCAGACUCUCCACAGCACACCUGGGCCUUCGGUCAGGUCACCUGCACCCUUAGGGCCAGUGUCUGCCCCCGUGGUGACUAGACCAGAACCGUUUGGUCCUCAACUCCCCCCUGGAAUGUUGAAACCAGCACCAUCUCAGGAUAUCUCUGCCUCAGCAGCUUCUAAACCCGAUCCAGUUGGGUCUAAACCAGCUCCAUCUGAAGCUAAACAAGAUCCUCCGCUUCCCAAACCGGCUUGGGUCCAGUCUAAGCCUGCUCCAGUUCAGAAUGCCUCUGCCCCAGCAGCUUCUAAACCCGAUCCAGUUGGGUCUAAACCGGCACCAUCUCAGGAUAUCUCUGCCUCAGCGGCUUCUAAACCCGAUCCAGCUGAGUCUAAACCGGCUCCAUCUGAAGCAAAACUAGAUCCUGUGCUUCCCAAACCGGCUUGGGUCCAGUCUAAGCCUGCUCCAGUUCAGACUACACCUUCACCAGUUUCUCCCCUCCCCUUAAAACCAGAAGCUAAAGCUGUAACCCCUCAGGCUCCCACUGCACCACCAUCCAAAGCGGCUCCCUCACAACCAGCAAUGAUGAAGAUCGUGUCUGAUGUGGCAGCUCCUGGUGUCCCGGAAAGUGAGCAGACUCGCACUGUGUUUGUCAAACCGCCCCCUUUCAAGAAGACGCCAGAGGGCCCUCAGAAGCCAGGAAAGCUGAAGAGCAGCCUGGCUGCAGCCAGAGCACAGGACUUAUUUGAUAUUUUCUACAGCAGUGUCGGCCAGUCAGGGCCUUCUUCUUUCUCUAAGACAGAAACAGACACCACAGCUGGUAAAGGUUCUUCCCCAGCUCCUCAAGCAAUGCAAAAUAAAGCCCAACAGCCCCAAGAAAAACCAGAAUCCCAACCACAGCCCCAGGAUAAACCCGAAUCCCAACCCCAGCCCCAAGAAAAACCCGAAUCCCAACCACAGCCCCAAGAAAAACCUGAAUCCCAACCACAGCCUCAGGAUAAACCCGAAUCCCAACCCCAGCCCCAAGAAAAACCCGAAUCCCAACCACAGCCCCAAGAAAAACCCGAAUCCCAACCCCAGCCCCAAGAAAAACCCGAAUCCCAACCACAGCCCCAAGAAAAACCCGAAUCCCAACCCCAGCCCCAAGAAAAACCCGAAUCCCAACCCCAGCCCCAAGAAAAACACGAACCCCAACCACAGCCCCAAGAAAAACCCGAAUCCCUACCACAGCCCCAAGAAAAACCCGAACCCCAACCACAGCCCCAAGAAAAACCCCAACCCCAACCCCAAGAAAAACCAGAAUCCCAACCUCAGAACCUACUACAGCCCCAAGAAGGAGCAGAAUCCCAACCCCAGAGCCAAGAAAAACCCGAAACCCAACCACAGCUCCAGGAAAAAUCCCAUUCCCAAACCCAGAACCAACCACAACCCCAAGAAAAACCAGAAUACCAACCCCAGAACCAACUACAGACCCAAGAAAAACCAGAAUCCCAACUCCAGAACCAACUACAGACCCAAGAAAAACCCGAAUACCAACCCCAGAACCAACUACAGACCCAAGAAAAACCCGAAUCUCAACCCCAGAACCAACUACAGACCCAAGAAAAACCCGAAUACCAACCCCAGAACCAACUACAGACCCAAGAAAAACCCGAAUACCAACCCCAGAACCAACCACAGCCCGAAGAAAAAUCCGAAACCCAACCACAGCCCCAGGAAAAAUCCUAUUCCCAACCCCAGAACCAACCACAGACCCAAGAAAAACCAGAAUACCAACCCCAGAACCAACCACAACCCCAAGAAAAACCCGAAACCCAACCACAGCCCCAGGAAAAAUCCUAUUCCCAACCCCAGAACCAACCACAGACCCAAGAAAAACCAGAAUACCAACCCCAGAACCAACCACAACCCCAAGAAAAACCCGAAACCCAACCACAGCUCCAGGAAAAAUCCUAUUCCCAACCCCAGAACCAACUACAGACCCAAGAAAAACCCGAAUACCAACCCCAGAACCAACUACAGACCCAAGAUAAACCCGAAUACCAACCCCAGAACCAACUACAGACCCAAGAAAAACCUGAAUACCAACCCCAGAACCAACCACAGCCCCAAGAAAAACCCGAAACCCAACCACAGCUCCAGGAAAAAUCCUAUUCCCAACCCCAGAACCAACCACAGACCCAAGAAAAACCCGAAACCCAACCACAGCUCCAGGAAAAAUCCUAUUCCCAACCCCAGAACCAACCACAACCCCAAGAAAAACCCGAAACCCAACCACAGCUCCAGGAAAAAUCCUAUUCCCAACCCCAGAACCAACUACAGACCCAAGAAAAACCCGAAUACCAACCCCAGAACCAACUACAGACCCAAGAUAAACCCGAAUACCAACCCCAGAACCAACUACAGACCCAAGAAAAACCUGAAUACCAACCCCAGAACCAACCACAGCCCCAAGAAAAACCCGAAACCCAACCACAGCUCCAGGAAAAAUCCUAUUCCCAACCCCAGAACCAACCACAGACCCAAGAAAAACCAGAAUACCAACCCCAGAACCAACUACAGACCCAAGAAAAACCCGAAUACCAACCCCAGAACCAACUACAGACCCAAGAUAAACCCGAAUGCCAACCCCAGAACCAACCACAGACCCAAGAAAAAACAGAAUCCCAACUCCAGAACCAACUACAGACCCAAGAAACAGCAGAAUCUCAACCCCAGAUCCAACCUGAACCCCAAGAAAAACCCAAAACUGUACCGCAAACCCAGUUGCAGCCACAACCUGAAUCUCAACCCAAGGAACAUCCCCAAACUCUAAAAGAACCCUUGGAUGAACCUCAGGACCAAUCAAAUCCUCAAACAGCGACCCAACAGCGGUCUCCGUCACCCGCCCCAUCUCCACCUCCAUGUACGCUCCAGACCUCGCCUCAGAACCAGUCUAGCUGUGGCCCUGGAAGUCCACAAACCCAAACCAAUGUUGACAUUCAGAUCACAUCAGUUUGGUCUCUUCGGGGCUCCACAGCUCCCACAGCUGUGGCUGUUUGUCCUGAAACAUCUGUACCAUCGGUUGCAUCAGAACAGGGACUGCCUCAAAGCUGGCCCACCAAUCCUGAAACCCAAAUCCAGACUCAGCCCGCUGCCCUGGAGCCAGCAGCUGCUCAGAUCCACGAAGAGCCUCGGUCUGAACCCCAGAUGGACCCGGAUGCUAAUGCACAUGACAGGAUGACUCCAGAGCCACAGUCUAAGCCCAAACAAGGUCCCAGAACCAGAGGCAAGGCAGCACCAAUGAAGAAGACGCCUCCUGCUUCCUCUCCUGUUCGUCAGACCCGCUCCCAGACCAGAUACCAGACCCGUCGGCAGCAGCAGAGUGUACCGGAACCUGAACAGCAACCCGCCAUGGGGGACCAGGACGCCACGCCUUCAGAGACCAAAGGCUUGGAGACUUGUGGUCCGCAGCAGGAGGCCGACGCGGCCAAAGACACUGAUCUUCCAGAGAUGGAGAUCACCCCAGAAACCUUGGGUCUCCCUGCAGACAUGACCUCCCUGGACUUUGACUACAGUUUUAACUUUGAGUAGGGGGUGAGGGGGAGACAAAGACCUGAGCCUGGUUUAGUCAAAGGAUGGAUGUACGUCCAGCAACCUUUGGCUGGAAAACGGCCAGAUUGAUGUACAGUUCAGUCAAUGCUUCUGAUUUGACCUUUCUGAAGGCCUGCAGGUAUAAAACUGAUCUAGACGUUCUGGUUCUGCUUUGGACUCAUGUUUUCAACCGUUAUAAAAUGAUAAUUUCCUAAAGGUCGCCAUUCUGCUCACUGUAGGUUUCUGUUCUCUAGAGUCACGUUCCUCUGUAGAUCUUUGGUUCCUUGUUUGUGCUUGCAGAUAUUUUUAGCUGUAAUAUGUUUCUCUCUGCUGAGUUGUAAUAAAGGUUGGCAAAGAAUGUUC